GCUUCACAUGCUUCAAUUCGGCUUGUCAUUCCAAUCAGUCUUUGCUUGAAUUUCAUAUUGUUUUUGUGGUGGUUCCGUAGACUUAGAUUCCUUGAAAGAGAAAAACAUGGCAUUGGCGGAAAUUUGCGGUUUAUCUGAUGCUCCCUUCAUGAAGGCAAACUCAUUCAGUACCGAUGACGCUGGAAUUGAGUUAUUCAAACUCUCCGGGAACAUGGAAGAUCCAUUCAGCCUGGCGGUACCCCCAUUUGCAAAUCCUUGUGAGCAUCUUGCGGAGUUACAAGCCACUGGCGAGAACUCAGGGAUUAAAAUGAAUUUCGACCACGGCACGACCACAUUAGGUUUCAAAUUCAAGGGAGGCGUUAUCCUCGCUGUUGAUUCCCGAGCCACAGGAGGCCAGUUCAUCGGCUCCCAGACAAUGAAAAAGAUCGUGGAAAUCAACCAGUACAUGCUGGGCACGCUCGCCGGUGGAGCCGCUGAUUGUGUGUAUUGGGAUCGAGUCUUGUCAAAAGAGUGCCGUCUGCAUGAAUUGCGGAAUAAGGAGCGGAUUUCAGUAGCUGCCGCCAGCAAAAUAAUGGCGAAUAUCGCACAUGAAUAUAAGGGAAUGGGCCUUUCAAUGGGAAUGAUGUUAGCCGGCUAUGACAAACGCGGUCCGGCGCUCUACUAUGUCGACUCGGAGGGGACCCGUACACCAGGAAAUGUAUUUUCAGUAGGAAGCGGUUCGAUAUUUGCCUUCGGCGUAUUGGAUUCCGGCUACAAAUGGGAUUUGAGUGACGAGGAAGCUCAGGAAUUGGGAAGACGAGCCAUUUAUCACGCAACGUUCCGCGAUGCUUUCUCCGGUGGUAUAGUGCGGGUUUAUCAUAUUACUCCACAAGGUUGGGUCAAUAUUUCCAACCAGGACUGCGUCGACCUGCAUUAUAAAUAUCAGGCCCAGAAGGAAGCAGCGAAGCAUUGAGAGUUUACUAAGUUUAUGGAUCUUAUAUUUGUUUUGGUAAUAAAAUUAACUUGAAGAGUA